CCCUCCUCUCCCUCCGCUUCCUUCAGCACCUGCUUCCCGCUCCGGCUCACUUUCUCACUCUGUCUGUCACUGUUCUGGUGGGCACAUUUUUUGCACUCUUGGAGAAAGGCUGGACAGUUUUCAGGCAUUCUGCCGUGGCAGCCUUCCAAGAGCCAGAUCAAGCAAGGGACAGGAAGGGCGAGAAAUAACAUUUAUUUAAGAAAAAAGUAGAAAAAUUUCAAGAUUUUUAUUUUUAAAGGACAUCCUGGGCUCCAGAGAGAAGUGGCUGGUGGGUGGGUAAAUCACUUUAGGAGAAACUUCCUAUAAGGAAGGAAGAAGAGAGCCACCGAGGACCAAACAAGGAGUGAACUGGGGACUGAAGAUGUUGGACACUAUGCUCCCUGAUGUACAGGAGCUGGGCAGGCCGGUGCUGCCCACGCUGCCCUCGCUGAGCAAGGAGGAAGUCUCUACUAUCUGGGGGACUGUUUCAGAAUUUGUGGAACGACAGCUAACCUUGCAUAAGGGGGUUAAGAUUCCAGGACUUGGAACUUUCACUUUCACAAGACAAAAGCUUGAGGUGGGAAACAACAGGUUUAUUUUACUCCAGAGGCCUGUGUUCAUCAUGGCUGAGAAGUUAGUGCAAAUCCAUGGACUCAAACAAAACAAAGUAUAUUCUUCUGGCGAUAUCCCAGUUAUUCCACUUAAUUUUGUCAUGAUAUCCCUGCAGAGUCCAUUUACCAGGGAUACAGUGGAAGGAUGUGUUAAGGAGACAUUGCUUUUUCUAUCACGAUCCAUUUCCAUAAAAAAAAAUGUGGAGUUUACAUUCAAAGGAAUUGGGGUACUUCUGAUCAGAGACAGAAAAGUGAAGAUGAAAUUUUAUAAAGACUUCCUUUGUACUGUGGAUGGAAGUGGGACUUUGAUGAAAGCCUUAGCAAAUAGGCCUGGCACUGUGGACUCAGUGUUGUCUUCCAGAGAGGCCACUGGGAGGCGGCCUGGCAGCACUCUUGGAUUUCCAAGGACUGAGCACAAAGAUACGGAGAACAAAUCACCCAUGGAGACCAUUGCAGAAGAAGGUGAAGGGAACAGACAUGGGAAAUAUAAGUUGAAAGACCACUCAGAUAAAGAAGCCGUCAGAGAAAUCUCAUCACCGAAGAGAUUACAAGAUAGACAAACCAUCUCCCCUGCCAAAGUGACAAAUGUCAGCUUGUUGGACAAAGUUGAACAAAGUGGAAAUAGUGGGAAGAAUAUGAUCCCUGAGAGAUUAUCAACUCCAGGUUGUCUGAAUAAUGACAAUGAAACGAAGCCCAGAACAUCCCUAGCUCUUGCUUGCCAUGAUCAUAAUAAAGCAGGACAGGAAAUGUGCUAUGUAUGUUUGCAACGAGCACAACGAAAUUUCCCAUUGUACUACAGUGAGGAGAGGAGGAGGAAAGAGAUAGAAGAUGAACAACUCCUACAGCAGUAUCAAAUGUUGAAAGAUCAAGAGGCUUUCAUCAAGCACCAGAUGAAAACUUUGGCAACUAGAGAACAGAAUCAGAAAAAUGCUGCCUAUAAUUUUGGAGUUGCUGAAGCUAUAAGAAAUCACAAGCAUGAGAAACCAGAAUUUUAUAAAUCUUUUCUAUUCUAUAAACGGCCACUUAGUCCUGAGAUUAAUGCUCUUAGGCAAGAGGAAUAUUCCCAAAGUCUCCUCAAACAAAUGGAUAACAGACGGAAAAAAGAAAUAAUACAAAGACAAGACAGAGAGUUGAUGGACCACCUAGAACAAGUGCAACUCACAGAAGAACUUGCUGCACAAAGAGCCAAAUAUUUAAAAGAUAAGAUGGAAGAAACACAGUGCUACAAAAGAGCUUUGGAUGCACAGAUAAAGAAUAAGCCCUUCCAGUUGCCCAUAUUUGAACCAGACUCUUCUCAACCUAUCUUCAGUAAUAAUGAAGAUGAGCUGAUGGUGGAAAGGCGAAAGCAAGGGCAGAAUUAUAUGAAGCACCAGCUGAAGUCAGCUGCUAGUCUCAAGAGGAAAGCCAUCCUGCAGAAGCUGAUGGAUCAGAAGCGGGAUUUGCAGAUGCUUCAGAGGUCAAAGACAGAGCACUUAGCAGACAGAACUGCUGAGGUGGAGCAUGUGAAAAGGAUCAACCAGUGCUUUCAGGAGGACUGGGAAAGGAGCGCUACCAUGAAGAAACAGCGGGACCUGGAGGAAAAAGCUUUUGAGCGGGCUUCUGACAAGCUGUUCCUUUUGGACCAGUGUGAGAAGUAUCCUCGCUGCAAACAAUGCCAGAAGCACAUCUUCAACAGGGGGGAGAGCAACCUGUGGCCCACGAACAAGUUCUUGCACGGCUCCCGGUUGCUUGUGUAAAACUUGAAAUUUGGACCUGCAAUUCAUGGAAAACUAUUUUUUAAAAUAUUUUACAUAUUUGGAGUGAUUAUGAAACUGCAUACUUGUACCUCAGAGGAAGAAAAACUAUUGUUCAGGUUUGGUGCUUUCAGUGGGUUGCUUUAACAACCCAUAAUUGGAUUAGUUUCUGCAGAUUUCUCUUCCUGUCUCCCUCCCUUAUUUAUUUCUGUAACUGGCCUUUGAUGGCAGUGAAGGUAUCUAAAUAGUUUUGAGGGCUAGAACCUAUUUGCUACAGGGACCAUGAGUGGGAUCCAGCUUCUUGCUGGCUACUGCUGACUCAGCCCUGCUACUCCCUCUGGGACUUCAUCCUUUUUCACCUGUAAAAAUAGGAUAAUGACAAUAAAUAUUUUCUAAGUGUCUGACUGUGCAUGAUAAUUCAUAAUGGUAAAUUUACCCCCUGGCUGUCCUUUUUAGAGGGCUGU